UCAGUCUUGAAGUUUGGUAGAACCACCAGCAUGUCUGCACUUCUUCUUAUACUUCUCAUCACAGCAGGAAUCCUGGAAGUUGCUGAAGCUGUACAUUCUGCUCCAUUCGUAAAAGUUGAAAUACCCGCAGGAAACCAUGUAAUUCUUAAUAAACAAGAGGCCGUGGCAUCAGCAAUGAUAUGCAGUAUGAAGUGUUUACAUAACAAUGUAUUUGGAAUUGGAACUGAAUGCAGUGUCUUUUCUUUCAACGAAACAACUCAAACCUGUGCAAUGGGAAUCUUCAGUGUUCUGGACAAGAGUGAUGAGGAGAACACAACAAUAGUUGUUUGGAAACAGAAAGGAUGCGAUUAUCCACCUGAUCCCGAGAAUGGUCGAUUUAGCUGUAUUAAAAACAUAAAGCAAGAGAAAUGUUUUCUGAUCUGUAAUCCUGGAUAUGUUGCGCAAUCAUUCAGAGGAUUGUAUUGUAACCAAACCAAAUGGAAUAAACCCCUAGAAGAGUUUCAAUGCUUGCCAACCGUAAUGGCAAUAGUUGGAGGAAAUUACGAACCUAAGUGGGGAGAGUUCAGUCUAUUCGGACCCAAUGGGCAAGUUCUAAUUAAAGAAGGGGGUGUAACAUUUAGAGAACAUGUAACUGAAUAUUUCAGUGGAGAGACUGUAUCAUGUGGUGGGGGUUGGGGCACUCCUCGGGAUUGUUAUGCUUACAACUUUGCCACAGGAUGGAGAAAACUACAGGCUAGGUUGAAGGCUGUGAGAAUUGGAAGUGGUUCUGCCAUAGUGCAAGACAGAUACUACAUAAUAGGAGGGAUUACACCAGAAUCCAUCCUUCAGGCAGAAUACCUUCAAGAGGGAGAUGAAACUGUAACCCAAUCUGGAAUGUUCACUCCCCAAUUAAAUGAUUUAAGUGUGCAUGUAGAGCACUACUGUUGUGCAGUUAGAUUUACAGACAGGUCGUUCAUACAUAUUUUGAACAGAAGUGUGAGUGAAUACGACAUAAUCACAGGAGUAUAUACUAAGAGACCAGAGCUCAAUGUUCCUCGUUUAUUCUUUGGUUGUGAUUCUUUUCUGGAUGAGGACGACGAGGUGGUGUUUAUUGUGGCUGGAGGAAAUAAUGAAAAUGCUACAAAAUCUGCUGAAAUAUUUAAACCAUCUGUUGGACAUUGGACCAUGAUAGGGAACUUAACCUAUCCAAGAUUGUCAAAUGCUGUUGUGACGACUUCUGAUGGUGUAUUUGUAAUCGGUGGUCAAACCAACCCUUCUGGAAAGGUUGAAAAGCUUGACAUGAAGACAAUGACCUGGAUUGAUACUGGACUAGUGUUUUCUUCUUUACAUGCUUUCAAGUUAGGAGCAACUGCUAUCCCUGCUAAUCUCCUUCCUCCAUGGCGCAACUAAUAGUGUCGGGCCACGUUUUAAAUCACAUAGUUCCAAAAGUUGCAAGCUCUCACGCAGAACCUAUGAAAAUGUUGAUAACUUUUUAAAACUAAAGCUAAAAGCAAAGGGUUUUAAGAUCUAAAAUGUAUGUUUACAUGUCUAGGAAUAAGGGUGUAUCACUUUAUAUGUGAGUUUGCAUAAGUUAAAAUCAAAGGCCAAGGGAAACGUCAAAGUGGACCUAUAGUCUUGAAAAGUGAUACAAUUUUACUAGCACUCUGGAUCAUGUAUACAGCGUUUUUGUAUUUUUUUCUUUCUAAUCUAAAUGCUUCGCAAAUUAAUUAUUUUACAGCCUUUCCACUAACAUUACCCACCCAUGAUUCCAACAACAGAAGGGGGUUAAGUUAUGUAUGUAUAAAAAGUUUUGCAAAAUUUUGUACAAAAAAUGAUUUGAAUAAUAAUACAUAAUAAUAAUAAUAAUAAAAACA